UAUAAACUUUCAAAUAAACACAAACUCAUACAGUGGUACAUAGUUAAUCAUUAAAAUAAAUGUUUUAUUCAUUGAAAUAAUCUUUUCACAUAAUACACAACCUCUUUAUGUCAAAUAUGAUUCUUUUUUCAUAAAAUAUAAACUUAUCAAGUUUUUCAUUUAAAAUGAAUUUGAAACUAUGACUCGGAUCAAAUCAUAUUUUGUGGAGAAUUUAAGAUUCCAAUUUCAUAAUUUAUUAUCAUGAUUUUCAAUGGCAUAUCUAAAUGCAAAAGUAUUCCUUAUUUUGUUGAAUUCUAUGCGAUCGAGGUUAUAGAGAAUGCUGGUUGUCGUGGUAAAAGAAAAAACAAAACAAAACUGAGGAACAUGUGAGCAAAGCAUCCCUUAGAAGGUAAAGUGUGGGAUAAACGUUGAAGCGAAGAGCAAAGAGAGAUGAGGUUUAGCAGAGGGAAGCAAGACGGUUAUUAUCAUUACCGCCACUACUCUUUGCCGUUGUUGUUCACGCUCGCGCUCGCAAUCCCAGCUACGGCCGCAGAAGAUGCGUCUACAAUCCUAUCAAGAUUCCAGCAGUACCUUCAGAUAAAUACAGCCCAACCUCACCCGAACUACUAUGAAGCCGCCCAAUUUAUAACCUCACAGGCCAACUCACUAUCCCUCCCUUCCCAGACCCUGGAGUUUGUCGAGGGAAAGCCCCUCAUUCUCAUCAAAUGGCAAGGCAAGGACCCAACCCUCCCUUCCAUCCUCCUCAACUCACAUACAGAUGUUGUCCCUUCCGAGCAUCACAAGUGGACUCACCCGCCUUUCUCCGCUCACUUAGAUUCCACCACCGGCAACAUCUUUGCCCGAGGUUCUCAGGAUAUGAAGUGCGUCGGGUUGCAGUACCUCGAGGCCAUUCGCAAGCUCAAGGAUUCCGGCUUCCGCCCCCUCCGCACCGUCUACCUCUCCUUUGUCCCCGAUGAGGAGAUCGGUGGUGCUGAUGGCGUUGCAAAGUUUGUUGAUUCCGAUGCCUUUGCCGAUAUGAAUGUUGGGAUUGUACUCGACGAAGGUUUGGCUUCUCCCGCUGACCACUAUCGUGCAUUCUAUGGAGAGAGGUCCCCCUGGUGGCUGGUCGUUAAAGCUGUAGGUGCUCCUGGACAUGGCUCUAAGCUCUAUGAUAAUACUGCCAUGGAGAAUCUACUUAAAAGCAUCGAAUCUAUAAGGAGAUUUAGGGCUGCGCAGUUCGAUCUCGUUAAGGCCGGAUUGAAAGCUCAAGGCGAGGUCAUUUCUGUCAAUAUGGUCUUCUUGAAAGCUGGCACUCCUUCUCCCUCUGGUUUUGUCAUGAACAUGCAGCCAUCUGAAGCCCAAGCAGGAUUUGACAUCAGAGUACCCCCAAACGCAGAUCCGGCAUCCUUGGAGAGGCGAAUAGCUGAUGAAUGGGCACCUGCUUCGCGUAACAUGACUUUUGAGUUCAAGCACAAGGUGUCUGUGAACGACAAGUUUGGAAGGCCAGCUGUUACAGCUGUUGACAGUUCCAAUAUUUGGUGGGCACUUCUUGAAGAAGCUAUCAUCAAAGCUAAUGCCAGACUUGGAAAACCAGAAAUAUUUCCUGCAUCAACAGAUUCACGCCAUUUUCGGGAGCGAGGCCUGCCAGCAAUUGGAUUUUCUCCGAUGGCAAACACUCCCAUUCUUCUUCACGACCACAAUGAGUUCUUGAACAAGGAUGAGUAUUUGAAAGGUAUUGAUGUUUAUGAGUCCAUAAUCAAAACAUAUGCAUCUUAUAUUCAGCAUCCAAGAGACGAUGCUUCGAGAGAAGAAUUGUGAGCAGGUUCUAUUGCUUGUAAAUUGUAAUGUUAUGUCGGUGAAGGCCAUAGAGCAGUUGACAUCUUUCUGCUGUAGGAAUAAACAACAUGGAUUAUGUAAAAACUCUUUCAUGGGUUGUUUCCAAUAUUUACUUCACCAAA